CUCUUGACGUUGCGCGGUGUGCAGCAGUGUUACCAAAACAAAGAAGCAGAGCGGCCAUUAGACCUGAAAUCAAUACAAGCUGACUGUCCAAGGAGCUCCGGGCGUCUUGCACCUUGUCAGACUGCAGCAUUUAAUUGUUCCCCUCAUCACUUAAGCGUUGUCGGGCAACAAUGAAAGACCCCAGCCGCAGCAGCAACAUGCCAAGCAUCGUCAAUGAUGAUGUGAUCAUCAAUGGACAGUCCCACGAAGAUGACAACCCCUUUGCUGAGUAUAUGUGGAUGGAGAAUGAAGAGGAGUUUAAUAGACAGAUUGAAGAGGAACUCUGGGAGGAGGAGUUUAUUGAGCGUUGCUUCCAAGAGAUGCUGGAAGAAGAAGAGGAGCAUGAGUGGUUCAUUCCAGCCAGAGACCUGCCCCAGACUAUCAAUCAACUUCAGGACCAGCUGAAUGGAUUGGUCAUUGGUGAUGGGAGUGUUUUGGAAGACCUUGUGGUCAACAGUAAUUUAAACCCAAAUGCAAAAGAAUUUGUACCUGGCGUUAAGUACUGAAUCUGGGCCUCUUGGUGGAUGUAGCACAACCUCCACACUGUGAAGCCAGUAUUAGAUUAAUUGUGGAAGCUUCUCUUUGUCACUGUGUUACACUUAAUGCAUUGCCAAAGUUUUCAGUUAGUCUUGCAUGCUUAAUUAAAGUGCUGAGACUGUUAUAUGAAGCAAAAGCUUUUCUUAGCUGAAAGUCCUGAUUUUGGCGGGGGGGGGGUAUUGCAAGCCCAGAGGAAGAGGCACCAGUCAAAGAUGGUGGUAUGUCUGCAAAUUGUUGGGAGUUUUGUUUUGUCAUUGUUGCCUUAAUGUAAACAUUCGAAAAUCAUAUGUUAGUCUUUAAAAGGAUUUUGGUGUGAAUUUUUUUUAUUUCCGAAGCAUUCAAAUUUCUGUUAAUAAUGAAAGCAUCUUUCUAUUUUUUUUUUAAGGCUGCAAUAGAAUGACUUAUUUUUAGUGCAGAGUAUUUUUAUGAAGUUGAGAUGCUUUAAAAGGGACAUUUAAACUGAGAAAACAUUCCUGUUCUACAGAAAAUUGGGAUUUUGAUAUUUCUGUUGUCUUUUUAGUUUUUUUUAAUGCUUUAUAUUUGCUGAUGCCUCGAACACGUUCAGUCCUGCCUUGAGUGAUAUUUGGAGUAUUCAAGAACACUUGCAGUAAAUUGCAUCCAUUAAAUACAUCCAUGGUUUCAAAGUUCUUCACAUUAAGAUGUUGACUGCUCACCGUUUUUGUUUUAUAUUUUAUGCACUUUUAAGUUUUUGAAGCAAUAACAUGCUUGAGUUUUUUUUUGUUCAUGUUUCAAUGCAAUACCCUAUUUUUGUAUUGGGGGGGAAGACUAAACAUUUCUAGUUUGCCCUAGUUGUUACCUCAUUUUCUGUUCCCCCUCCCCCUUUGGAAUAAAUAGCCAGAUUUGUUUCUAUUAAUUGAUUGUUCAAUUGGCAUGACCGCUAAGUCUCCUCACCCCCACCCCUCCCCCCCCCAGCAGAGUGAAACUGAGAGGAAGGGGGUAUGGUGAUCAAUUUUUCUGUUACAGUAACUUUAAUGGUGCCUCUGACUUCUAUUUAAUAAACUGCCCCAAAAAAUUAAAAGGACACUUGUCAUCCUCUUUAAACCUUUGGUUUUUUUGAGCAGUUUAUAGAAACACUACAUUGGGAUGUCUACAGCACGGCAAGUUUUUUUUUUUUGGUCUGGUUUUAUUUCUCUUCCUUCUCCCAUCCCUCCCUAUCCAGCCUCUUUCAAAACCUGGUAGUUGACACUGCCAUGUGGUGUUGAAUGUGAAUAGUGUUAAAGUUUAAAAAAACAAAACACAAAAAAAGAAAUAAAAUGAAAAAUAUUGUAAAAAAAAGCAUUAUAUUUUUUCAAAAAUAUUUAAAAAAUAAAUUAGUGGAAUGUAUUUUUUGGGUCUGUGUUUAACUUUAAGCUUGUCCUGUUUUACGUUUAUUUUUGUCAUUUGUACUUGAUAUGGGGAGCCGUGCUCCCUCAGACCUGUAGUUGGCAAUUAGACUCCUCUGUCUGUAAGAUGCUACUACGUAGUUCUUGCACGCACUUCCGUUUAACUUCAGCUGUUCUUUAUGAACAGGAUCUUUAUGUAUCAGAUCGGUGCCAUAAAUGUUAAUUAAAACCACAGUAUAACUGUAUACAAUAAAACAAAUCAAUUGCUUA